AUGGCAGGCUAUGACAUUAUCCCUCAAAAUGCCGAGGUCAAAUUGGAUACAUUCACCCUGUCAAUUCCCGACCAGCAACUCUUUGAUUUCAAAGACCUAUUGCGACUGUCCAAGCUAGCCCCACGCACAUAUGAGAACACGCACACUGAUGACGGAAAGUUCGGUGUCAGUUAUGACUGGAUGAAAAAAGCGAAAGAAUACUGGCUGAACGAAUAUGACUGGCGUGCUGUCGAAAAGUACAACAACUCAUUUCCAAACUUCAUCGCCCAUAUCAAGGACGACGACGGAGAGGAUUUCCGCGUCCAUUUUAUCGGUCUCUUUUCCAAGAAACAAAAUGCCGUCCCUCUCCUUUACAUGCAUGGCUGGCCUGGUAGCCAUUUUGAAUUUCUCGACAUCAUGGACCUGUAUCGCAAGAAAUACUCACCAGAGGAGCUGCCCUACCACAUCAUUGCACCCUCUCUGCCGGGGUGGACCCUCAGCUCCGGUCCACCCCUGACCAGGAACUUCGAUACCGAAGAUAUUGCUCGCAUCAUGAAUAAGUUGAUGGUUGGUCUGGGCUUCGGGAGUGGUUAUAUCUGCCAGGGCGGCGACAUUGGUUCUUUCACGGCCAAGGUCAUGGCAGGAACCUAUGAUGAGUGCAAAGACAAUUUUGCCGUGUCCAGCGAACCACCGAAAGGCGUUGACGAGAGCCAAAUCACCGAAGCCGAGAAAGAAGCCAUGGAGACCCGAAUGAAGGCAUUCUACACGACGGGGAAUGCAUAUGCUCGAGAACACGGCACCAGACCAGCGACAAUCGGGUUUGUGCUCGCUUCCAGCCCACUUGCUCAGCUAGCAUGGAUUGGCGAGAAAUUCAUCGAGUGGACCGACGAAACGCCGCCUCUCAAGAACAUACUGGAUUCCAUCACCUUGUACUGGUUCACCGAAUCCUUCCCACGUUGCAUCUAUUGCUACCGCGAGUUUUCUGUUCCAGGUGGCCGCGGCCUCCCGCACGGAAAUCCAAAGUACAAAAACGACAAACCGGUCGCAUACUCGUGGUUCCCGAAGGAGCUUGCACCGGUGCCGAGAGCGUGGGUGCUCGCGCAGGGCCACAACCUUGUGCUCUUCAGACAGCACGAGUCGGGUGGCCACUUCGCGGCAAUGGAAAAGCCAAAGGAAAUGCUGCAGGACAUGGAGGAGUUUAUCGAGAAGAUCGGAUGGCCCGUCAAGUGA